AAUAUUUAUGUAUUUGUGACAAUGACUUUUUACUUAAUAUUUAGGUCGAAUUUCAUUUGUGCUCAUCACGCGGCAAACAUGAUGGUACCAAGAAAGCAAGGAUUAAUUAUCAAUAUAUCUUCUGGUGGUGGAUUACGAUAUACCUUUAAUGUGCCUUACGGAAUUGGGAAAGCUGCGGUGAGUUUUUUUUUACAAUGCUUAUAGCUAUACACACGAUUCGACAUGUCCAGACCAUUUCUCAUGCCUGUAUUCUGAAAGCUCCCUCACACACAAUGAGACUCAAUAAGUGCAACUCAAUAUUCACGGAGUCUCCACUCAUCCUCACUGAGUGUAAGACUACACUUAUGCACCCUCCAACCAUUCAAUGACAACACUCACCCUCAAUUUGUGGCCUGAAUAUGAGUAAAACUUGAGUAAACGAUAUACGUCCCUCGAAUCACCAACAUUGAUGGAAAGGUGGCUAAACAAAUUAGAAUAUUUGAAUAAAGUUCCACCAAAUUGCAGGAAUGAACGGACGUUAAAUUAUACUUAUUGUCAGAGCUAUGUCGAGGAACGUUUCCGAGCCAGGUACAUGUGUUAAUGCAGGAUGGUUUUCGUAAUCUACUGAACAUAAUCAGGAGAAGUAUAUCUGCAAUUAAUGAUAUACAGGUACCUGUCACGUUUUAGGGGAGUUACUAUUUUUAGACUUUAAUUUGUAAUUUUGUAUUCGUUUGUAUUUUAAACUUAACCCUAAUCCUAACCCUUACUCUAAUCCUAACCCUAAUCUUAAUCAUCACCCUUUCCCUAAUCCUUACCCUAAAAGUCUAAAAAUAGUAACUCCCCCUAAAACGUGACUCAUAUGUGCAUGGGUACAACUGUCUAUACAGAUAAUGUAAAUGUUAUGAUUCUAAUCCACUGACAACACUAAUAAGAAACGACACUUUUAACUCAGACAAGUCGCACUUGAGUCAAGUGAGCUCUAUGGAUACAAAUGAACAAGAUGUUUUAAUUAAGAGACCCCCAUAUUUCGAGUUUUUCACUCAGACUCGCACUUCAAUCCCUCUUUAGUGCGCGACACUUGAAUCUCACUCAAGGGUGAGUGUGAGUGAUCUUUUACAAUUGACUUUAGAGGUCAUUACAUCACGUCACUCUCAGGGAAUGAAUAUUUGACCCACGUGUAUCCUAUACAUUGCAAUGAUUAUGCUUAAUGUUUUGAUGGAUUGGAAAUUACGUGGCGUAAACACUUCUAAGAGUUACACUGUAGAGGCGCCAUGCAGUCUUGCUCUAUCGAUAUCCUCUUUCCUGGUCAUGCAACAGAACAAUAUGAAGAACUUUAAUUAUGAAGAACCUCUUAUCUUACAGAACGAUCGUAUGAUGGCUGACAUGGCUGUAGAACUGAGGAAACAUAAUGUAGCUACAGUUUCAUUAUGGCCUGGUCUUGUAAGUACAGAGGCUAUUAGUGACAUGAAGGAUGGGAAAUUUGGAGAACGUGCCAGUAAAGUGGUAUGUGCUGUGUUCCAGGAUUUUUAAAUCUAGUUGAUUUGUUGAUUUUACGUUAAUUGACGGAUCUACUAUAUAUUGCAUGAUAUCUGAAGUGUAAUCCCAGAUCAGAGGCCGCCGGGAGGGUGCGCGGGCAAACUUUUCCCAGGACGUCAAAAUUUUAAAACAGGAGAAACGGUGUUUUAACAAUACAUUAUACACUUUAUUACAUAUUAUCAGUAUCCGACACUAACGCAACUAAGAUUUAUAUUUUCAGUUAGGCAAUCUUAUAUGAUCAAGCAAUUUAAAUAUAUCUAUUUAAAUUAUCUUAUAUCAAACUAUAAAAAAAUGUAAUGGGUUGAUAGGAGUGUCGUUGAAGUAACUCGAGCUUUGAUGGUUAGAUGAUCUUACCUGAAAUAGUGUGGUAUUGAUAUCAUUGAAAAGUACUUUCUUUCAGAAAAUUUGCAUGCUAAAGUUCAGAAUUCUCUUUUUCGUCUAUUUUUCUUGAAUUCACUAGCGAUAAGCCAUCAAAUUAAAAACACAGUGAGUUGUUCGUUCAACAAAAAUUCACAAAUGUUUACGCGAUCUUUUAUGACAAAACGGAAUGUUCUGAACUUCGGGGGCUCCUUACAGUUAGUACAGUUUUGCACACGAUUUAUAUAUAUAUUAGUCGUCAUCCUCGCGACCCUUGGCCUUCGCUUGGAAUGUUUGCCGCUCAGUAAAGAAAUGGAACAAGUCACGAGACGGUUUUUCGCGCUUUUUUAGAACUCGAACAGUACAGUACGUUUGUUAUUAACGUUUUAACAUACAGUAUCUUUUAGUGCGGUUUAAGUUCAGUAUUCAUUUGUCUUUUAUAAUCCUCUGUGCAUAUUUUCAACUUAUUGUGUCGCGUACAAAAAAGGGGAAUUUCGUUCUCGACCAAUCGUAUCAAUGCACUAUUUGUUGACAUUUUCGCUCUAAGCCAAUCAGAAUGCGUUAUUGGUUACUACUUCCAGUAAAAACAUACAUUUGAACAGAAAAGUUCUAUCUUAACUAAAGCUUCGAGGGGGUCAGGGUUUUUAAUUUCUUUCAUUGGAUUCAACAUGGCAAGGUAAAAUAAGAAAUUUUCUAAAAUUUGGCACCGGAUUACUCACUGUGGCUAGAAAUUUGCGACAACAUGGCCGAAACGCAGGCUUAGCUCCUUUGUGAUGUAAAUAUUAAGUGAAUAAGUUUAAUAACUUGCCUUUUCGGCUUUUGUUGGUCCUACAAAACAAUUUUGCAGGAAUUUGCACAUAUAAUCACGCGCACUUUACUAGUAAUCCAAGUUAUUUUCACGACGAAACCCCAUAAUCGCUUCAGUUUUCAGGCUGAUCGUACAUCAACAUUGGAUUUUGUUCUCCCCAUGAAUUUUAUCACAAUUUUAUCUAAAGAUAUUAUAUCAAUACUGUUUCCAAGUAGAGGAAAGAAUGGUAUAUUUUGCCUUUAUUUUCCAUUUUAAAAUCGCCUUGUUACUUCGCUAAAACGCGAUGCAAGCGCAUCGAAAUUUUGCUUUUUUUCAUAUUCUUGUUCGUGAUUCAUAUUCAAUAAAGGUGAGAUAAUAUCAGCUAGUGACGUAAAGUAUUAAAUGCUGGACAUAAUUAUGUCACUGACAUGCUUUACUUAUCAUUUAGCUAUUGUCCAUUGUCCAACAGUUUUAAAAAGUCAUUUAAAGUCAUUUGUCUAGUAAAACAAGCGAGGAGUUCUCACUUACCGUUCUUUUUCUUUUCCGACAACUAAUCAGUCGCUCCACAGAAUAAUAUAAAGGAGUUUGAAGUGUUUGCCGACGAGAAGGAAGCAUGUCUUUAUUGGGCAUAUACAUUUAAAGAGCGUUUCUUUACGUACUUUCCGGCUUUUCAAUAUGUUCAUUAACAUGACGUACUGACGGUGCGUGCGCCUGCAUUGCAAACCGCUGGCUGUCGCAGAUUUCUAGCCAUAGUUAAGUUAUCGGCAUUCGAACAGCGGCGUAUAAAAAGCGCGAAAGUUAGAAUACCGAUAAUUUUAGAACUAGACAAUAAAACGCAAAUCCCAGCGCCAAUUUUUUAGAAAAUUUCUUAUUUUACUUUGUCACGUUGAAUCCAAUAAAAAAAUUUAAAUCAUGACCCCUCGAAGCUUUAUUUAAUGCAUCACAGUCAACCGUGAUGCUUCGCGCGCUAUGUGAUUGUUUAUAUAUACGGGGAGCUAAAAAUAGUGUUGUCUUCGAAAAUAGUUAUACACUAAGAAUAAUAUGCAAAAAUGCAAUAGCUUUAUUAUAAACAAAAAGACUUUAAUACAUUUAAACGCUGGUGUUUUGAUGUAAUCAAACCAUGCACAUCGCCUGCUACGUUCACGCAGUUAGUCCAUGCUUUGAUGCAGCAGGAUUUCGGCGAACUCUUACUCGCUAUGCGAAAGCCCAGGCUUUCUUUCCUUUCCGUCCAAAGGACGUUGUUCAAGUUUCGUUGAACUUGUGAACGGUAUUUUUUUAAUAUAACCUCACUUGUUGGUCUUCCACGAAGGGAAAUACAGAGUCCAUGAUUAGCCAUCUACUUUGUAAAAUGAGAAAACGUUCUAAAAUCAUUGGUUAAGAUAAAAAGACACGCCAAAAUCUCAAUCAAUGAUCUAUUAACAUAUUCCAACUAUGAAAAAUAUGACAUCGUCUAAGAAUAAUCCAGAUUGAUAAGGAUGCGCGCUUCGGAUGUCAAUCUUUCGUUACAAAAGUGGCUAAUAAAAUGCGGGUGGAAUACAAAACAAUCAAGACAUUUUAGCGCGCAAAGCAUUGAAUAGUGAUGUAUUUACAUCGUGUGUUUUUUACAAAAUUAAUAGUCAUUUGCAUUUGUCAACUUUCAUUUAGUUCGAGACAUUUGAGGGCGAAUACAUCGAGACUCCAGAGUUUUCAGGGAAGGCAGUGGUGGCCUUGGGGAGCGGUAAGUCAACGUCAGACAUGCAAUAACGUUUAUGUUGUAUUAAAGUGUAUAUUGUAUAAAUAGAAUGUUGAAUAAUUUCAAAAAUCCUUAAAAAAUCUUUUGAAGACAUAACGUCUAUUCUCUCUCAACACACAUGUUUAUUUUGAAAUGAUUCAUCGAACCCCGAACGCAGGCAUCGACAGGACAGGGCGACGUUUCUUUAUUGAAUCAAGGCGUCCGCUCUACAGAGGUUACUGCGUUCACGUCAAUUUAAAACUCCACUAUUAAGCCUGGUUCACAUAUAUGCCUGCGACGUAACCGGCGACGAUGCCGGUGGUAGCUUAAAACGUAAAUUAUGUGAAUAUUUGUUCGCCGAUUGCCUCCAGUGCCACAGUUACAUCGGCGGUAGGCCGGGAAAGUUGACUUCAGUUCAACUUUGCCGGUAUUUCGGCGGCAAGUAGAGGCAUAAUGAUACAGUCGCAGGGAUACCGCAGGCAUAUGUGAACCAGGCUUAACAGAUUAAAUUAAGUAUACAAGGACUACAAGCUAACUGAAAAGAUGUCUACACUACAAAGUGUUAUUAAGUGUUGUUGGGGUUUUGGUGGAGCAGUCGUCAGAGCAAGCGCCUUUAACCUCCGAGAUCGUGCAUGGGUUCAAUUCUCGCUCCGGCGAAAGUCGUGUGUUUUCUCUGGGUCACCGGGUGCUCCAAUUUCUAGCUUACACAGGGAAAGUAGUUGACAGGGAUGGGUUGGGAUAAACACGGUUAAGAAUUCAAAGUAAUAUCACAAUUGUUGUAAAGAUAAAACAAUCUGGGCUAAUACUUGAUGUAAAGCCCAUUUGAUCAUAUCCGCAUCAGGGCUCGAAUUUUAUCGCGGCAAUUGCCGUAGAGAGAGAACAAAAUGCCGUGGAUUAUUGCAGCAACGACGGCAAUUUUUUGCCGUAUAGUGCAAUUUUUAUACUAUAUUCACUGUGCUUUACUAUUUUGAAUUUUUGAUACUUGAAUUCAGAUGUUGAUCAAAUAAUGCAUUUUAGUCUCAUUUUUCUUCGAAAAAAAAAACACUGAAGAAAUACAGGUACGUAGACAUGUUUCUAGCUUGUCAAAAACCAAAGUAACAAUAAAAUUAAAGUUUUUUACAGUAAUUUGAAAAAUGCCGUGGAAACUGCCAAAAUUGCCGUAGAGAGCUGUUACGUUCUACGGCAAUUUUUAGCACCAUUGCCGUCGAUUGAUUUCAGGGAAAUUCGAGGCCUGAUCCGCAUGUAAAGUUGCGCUGUAGAAAUGUUAAUCGUAAUCGUAUUAACUCAGGGUUAACCACGAUUGACACUUAACUUAAGAGUUAAGUCAAUUACUUAAGGGUUAGCUACUUAAAGGGUUAACAAUAGGAAGUGCAUGUUAUUAACUCAGGGUUCCCACCUGAUUUUCGGCGUCUUUCGAACAGACAGACGCUGGUUAUUUCUCGAAAUUACAUUCAGAGGGUUAAAUUACAGAAUAUUCACAGAGAGACGCCCUCGGAUCCCUUAUCCCCUCCCCGCCCCUACAGGUGCCCACUUCUUUCAAAAUGCCUCGACUGGAAACCUUGUUAGCUGCAUUCAAAUUCAUUAAAAUAUAUAGGUGGUUUGCGUCGAUCACCUCGGUGUGCUACUACAUUGUACAUGUAGAUCUCAUACAAUGACAAACUAUUUAAUACGAAUCAAUGUUUUGUGGCAAUACGUAUUUUGUGUAUCUGCAAAUGCACCUGAUCACGAGUGAUAUUGAAUAAAAGGGGCAGUUACUAUUGGGCAUCCAAUGGGAGCUUAUUUCUUUAUAUAUAUUUGCUUUUCAUCCGACAAUAAUGAGUAGAGACGCCUAUUUUUGAAAAGCAGCCUGCUAUUACAAUUACUAACUUAGUGAAAACACUGCUGUUCAAUACCUUACUUGCAUUAAAAUUCGCGUCGUACUCAUUUUCGCUCAGCUUUAAAUUCGCGCGAUUUAAUUUCGCGCACCUUGUUGAGACUUAUUCGCGCAGCUUUAAAUUCGCGCACGUAAUUGUCCGUGUUCGUUCUUCUUGGUUUGUUUAAUAGAACUAUCAACAAUUAACGCAUUUAUAAUGAGUAUUUGUUAUCAACAAGUUCUUCAGUAUUUGUUAAAGUGCUACUGCAGCGAAUUUUUGGACCUAGUUUUUUUUAGCUUAAAUAAAAAUUCAGUCCUUUAGAGGCAUUUUCAUAUAUAUUUGACCAUCAUGCGAUGCUUAGAAGUUGCCUAAUUUAACCUCUGAAGUUGGGUAUCGCGUGCGAACUUUUCCGCCGCCAUAUUGAUGUCGUGUGACGUCAUAAGAUGAACGGAAACGAAGAUAUGAAGGUCGUAUUUGUAGUAAAUUAUAUGGCGCGUCAACAUAUUGCAGUGGAAUUUUUGGCUAUUUCACUUGCUUAUGACGCAAAUAACUGAUUUUUAAAAAUCGAAGAACAAGUGCUAUAUCUUAUUGUUUAUUUGACGGCGGAAUGACGGUUAGAGACUCAGAUAAUAGGGUCAGUACUGCAUCUGGAACUGGAAGUCAACGAGUAUGGACUCGGCUAAGUCGGCUUUGAAAUACGAUGAUGAACCAAUUGCCUAACAGCUUUUAUACAGCUUCACUAGACGAAGUGAUAGAGACAUUAUAUAACGCUGCUGCAGAUGGGCAACUACCAUCUGUCACUGUGUUGGAGCAAUCGAGCAAUGGUACAAUACCUGUAAAAUUAGUGGUAAGUAGAUCCUUUUUAUUGCAUAUAUAUUUAUAUUGUAUUGUGCUCGCCUCGGUAUUGUGUCUGAUUGUUUGAACACAUCUGGUGUGUGCAACUUAAUAUUUAUUAUAAACUGGAUUGUGCGUGACAAAAAUUAUAAUAACGUUUAUAAACACAACCAUAUUCAUAGCCUAAUAAUUCGCAAUACUCAAAAUGAUUUUGAUUUUGUUUUUAAAAUUAAUAGAUAGCGAUACGUGUAAUUGGCAAUUAUGGGCUGUGGUUCUAUUGAUGGCUAGUUUUACUUGGAUGGGAAAACAGAAGAAAAUAAUUUCCAACAACAAAGACACAGCUGCCUAACGUUUGAGCAGAAAAGCGGUCGACUUUAGUUGGAUUAGGCAGAUUGUGACUGAGUCAGUAAUGUCAGUUAACCAUUGAGUCAAAAUUGUGCCACUGUGCAAUAUCACAUUUACUGUAAUAUUUUGAAAUUAUAUUAAUCUUCAAAGUAACCAGUUAAGUUGCAUCCCUCAUAUAUGUUUUGUGCACAAAUAUAUUUCUCACAUAAUAUUGCGUACCAGUACAAUAUUAUACUAUUGUAUUAUUAUAUUUAUUGUUACUUUAUAUUAUGCAAUAUGUAUUAUUGAUAUGACUGAAUAUAACUCCAAUGGCAUCGUUUCUCUCAAAAUGUCAUCAGAUGUCUCAGUGACGAAACUAGGUCAAGGCAUGCUGACUUGUUGUCUUUAUUUCAAUCUCAAGAUGCUCUGGACAAGAAACUAACUUAACAGGAGAUAGUCUUUUUACAACCACAAAUGAUCUAAAACAUAAGAAAUGUUGAACACUUUAGACUAACUAUAUAGCAUCAUUUGCGCAAAAUAUUCACCAUGUGUGCGAACAUAUUAAUUUGUUACCUGAAAUAUUUGCUUUGCGUCUAGUUGUACUUUACCCAGGGGAACAAUUCUAGCCAUGUGAAUUGUAUAAACAGUUUCUUCCUUCAGUAUUCUUUCCAUUUUACGAGGUUUUGUCAAUGAAAAUAAGAUAUAGCACGAAUCUUCAAAACAGGCUCAAAUCAAAAUACUAGGUUCGCAGAUGCGUGAAAACCCGUGGUCAAUGUUUACGGGUAAAAUUCACUAACUUUCUUUCAAACUGUGGAUCUGUUUCUUUGUUGGGAAAUGGAUGCAUGGGUAUUCCUUCAGGCUGUUCAGAAUUCGUGCAAUAAUCUAAGUUAGAACUGCCAGAAACACGGCCUUCGUCUCCGCGUUUGUUGGUUUUACUAUAAUUUUAAUACGCCAUGAUGAAAUCGUGUUCAUCUUAUGACGUCACAUGGCAUCAAAAUGGCCGAUCAAAUGACCAAUUUCAAUUCUGUUUGUGGUAAACUGGUCAGGAAGGAAAGCACUUUUAAUUAAGCUAAAAAAUGAGGGUCGAAAAAUUCGCUGCAGUAGCACUUUAAAAUUUAAUCAAAAAGCGAUUAGGUGACCUAAAAAAUGGCUUCAAAAUUAUGUAAUGUAAGCAAAAUUCAUGAUAACAAUUAAUAAAGCGUGAGUUAAAAAUACCAACAAGAACUGAAAAAAUAUGGUUCUCAUUUGUGCAAUACAGUAACAUAAUGCAAAUAGUAAUGCAAAUCAGUUAAUAACUCAACUGAUUUGUAUUACUGACAAUGAGUGUCUCAUAUUACACCACAAAGCUUUUCGCACGGAUUAUAUUUCGCGCAGUACUAAAAUUCGCGCACCCAGCGCUGCGCGAAUUCUAGUCCUGCGUGAAUUUUAAUACAAGUAAGGUAAUACAUAAGUUAGUAUAUUCACGACUCACGAUAUUAAUUAAUCUUUUUUACAGAUAAAAACAUCAUGAAAAAGACAGGAAAAAUACUUUUAGCAGCUGAACUUGGCAGGGAAUAUGGUUUCAAAGAUGUGGGAGGUAAAUUUCACCCU